ACGGCCCUUCUAACAGUUUGGAAGACCUAUAGCGACCCAAAGGUAAUUCCGAGAUGCUUCCGAGCCCCGCAGCACCGAGCACGCCAUUCUCUGUCAAGGAUAUUUUAAAUUUACAGCAUCACCAGCAAAAACAACGGAGUCUACACUCGGACUUAGGUCUGGACACCCUUCUUCCUUCUUGCAUGCUGGAGCGAGUCAAUCAGGCCAAGUGUAUUCCUAGCCAGGCCCUUGGAAACGAGGUGAUCAAAUUCCAUAGUCAGAGGAACCAUGCAACAUUUCCAACCAGACUGGCCUUAAACAAUGCUCCGAACUCCAGCGAACUGCGGAUGGACUUCUCUUUUCAAAACACCCCACAAGACCUAGAGGAAAAAUCGAUGGAAAAGAAUAUUAUCCCGGAAGGUAAGAAAAAUGAAGAUUUCGAAGGUCCAGUGCGGAGAAAUCGCCGAAAACCGCGUGUCUUGUUUUCUCAAGCCCAGGUGUAUGAGUUGGAGAGACGUUUCAAGCAGCAAAGAUACCUGACCGCCCCCGAGAGAGAUCACCUGGCAAACGUGUUAAAACUGACCUCGACCCAAGUCAAGAUUUGGUUCCAGAAUCGCCGAUAUAAAUGCAAGCGGCAGCGCCAGGACAAGCAUUUGGAGUUUGGCCCAUCCCCGCCUGUCCCUCGGCGGGUUGCGGUGCCUGUGUUGGUUCGUGAUGGAAAGUCUUGCUUGGAACCAUCCCCUUCAUACAGCACCCCAUAUAACGUUAGCGUCCCUCCAUACAGCUACGGUAUUUACCCCAGUUGCAACGCCAGCACCUGUGAGGGGGACUACAAUUGCAUGUAUUCGAGCAUACCUCCGGUGCAACCAAGUGCCUCUGUCAGCCCUUUUGUUAAUAUGAGCAUGAAUUACAAUGUUAGCAACACGGGUUACCCUGCAAUACAAUCUCAGGCCCACCAAAGCGCAGGGGUCACGGCUUUGCAAGGAAACCUCCAUGGAAUUAGAGCUUGGUGAAGGUUAUAGUUACUCUG